GUAUGUUGCUCAAGUAUGAGUUGAGUCUGUAAGUUUAGCCGGCAGUGUGACCGACGAGCAGUAGUUUGAUUAGCAUGAUGACGAGUCUGUUAUUUUCUUUCCACUUACCGUCACUGCUCCAUCUCUUAUGAUCGGAAGCAGUGACUUGGUUAUAUGUUUGAGAGCUGAAGAAUGGACAGGAACAGAUUAGACUUCAGAUUGCACCACUCUGGAUCAACGCAGUCUGAGGAGUCGGCUUUAGAUUUGGAAAGAAAUUGUUGCAAUCAUUCUAAUUUUCCCUGCUCUAGUCCAUCUUCACUUCAACCCUUUACAUCGGGUGGUCAACAUUCUGAAAGUAAUGCUGCCUACUUCUCUUGGCCUACCCUGAGUCGAUUAAAUGAUACCGCAGAAGAUAGAGCUAACUACUUUGGAAACCUUCAGAAGGGGGUCCUGCCAGAAACUAUUGGAAGGUUGCCAUCUGGGCAGCAAGCCACUACCCUACUCGAGCUUAUGACAAUUAGAGCAUUUCAUAGCAAAAUCUUGCGUCGGUUUAGUCUUGGCACUGCAAUUGGCUUUAGGAUUCGGCGAGGUGUCUUAACAGAUAUUCCUGCAAUUCUUGUUUUUGUUGCACGUAAAGUUCAUAUGCAAUGGCUCAGCCACGUUCAGUGCUUACCUCCUGCACUUGAGGGACCAGGGGGCGUAUGGUGUGAUUUAGAUGUUGUGGAAUUCUCAUAUUACGGAGCACCUGCAGCAACUCCUAAAGAACAGUUAUAUACAGAGCUUGUAGAUGGAUUAAGGGGAAGCGAUCCAUGCAUUGGUUCUGGUUCCCAGGUUGCUAAUCAGGAGACAUAUGGAACCUUGGGGGCCAUUGUCAAAAGCCGAACAGGAAACAGACAAGUUGGUUUCCUCACAAAUAGGCAUGUUGCUGUUGAUCUGGAUUACCCAAAUCAGAAAAUGUUUCAUCCUUUGCCACCUAGCCUUGGACCUGGAGUGUAUUUGGGUGCUGUGGAGAGAGCAACCUCAUUUAUCACCGACGAGCUUUGGUAUGGCAUCUUUGCUGGAACAAACCCGGAAACAUUUGUGAGAGCAGAUGGGGCCUUCAUUCCAUUUGCUGAAGAUUUUGAUAUGGAUAAUGUAAUUACAUCCGUAAAAGGUGUUGGUGAGAUUGGCGAUGUCCAUGUUAUAGACUUGCAAUCUCCAAUUAAUAGCCUCAUAGGAAGGCAGGUUGUCAAAGUGGGAAGAAGCUCAGGCUUGACCGCUGGAACUAUAAUGGCAUAUGCUCUAGAAUAUAAUGACGAGAAAGGGAUUUGUUUCCUUACCGAUUUUCUUGUUGUUGGAGAAAAUCAGCAGCCAUUUGAUCUUGAAGGCGAUAGCGGCAGCCUCAUUCUCUUGGCAGGCCAGAAUGGUGAUAAGCCACAUCCAGUUGGGAUCAUUUGGGGUGGGACAGCCAAUCGAGGUCGGUUAAAGCUAAAAGUUGGCCAACCUCCAGAAAAUUGGACCAGCGGAGUUGAUCUUGGACGCUUACUUGAUCUCCUUGAACUUGAUCUUGUCACAACCAAAGAAGAAUUUCAAGUGCAAGAGCAAAUAAAUGUGUCAGCAGCAGGACUUGAUUCUACCAUUGGAGAGUCAUCUCCUCCAGACCAGGGGCCAUCAAAAGGUCGAGUUGAGGGAAAUUUUGGACCUAUUAAUUUAAAUAUUCGACAGGUUUUAAUCGAAGGAGAGUCCCAGCAAGAACUAUCUACUCACACGGAAUUUCAUAUAGAAGAUGGGGUAGAAGCAGGUCCCAGUGUGGAACACCAGUUUAUUCCCAGUUUCACAGUUCAUGAUAAAAGCAAACAGGAAAAUUUGGACUUGAAUAGCCUCUCAGCGUUAAAGCAUGAUUCUGAUGAGGAAAUAGACGUAUCGUUGCAGUUGGGUGAGCCUGAGCCGGAAGCCAAGAGACGAAGACAAUCCGAUUAAUGUUUGUUUAAAUUGUAAGUAUCAUCAAGUUCUAAAUUGCAUAAAGAAAUUUAAGGUGCCUUAAUGGCUUAGGUAAAGUAUCAUUCUUUUUUUUUCCUCUUUCAUGUAUUGGUUAAGGUUACAAGUUUAGGUUACAUAUGUGGGUGGUCAUAUAUAUACAACAUUUAGUAGAAAAGGAAAAAUGUCUUCCUUUUACAUUGGUGUACCAUAAGCACUCCAAAAAAAUGGAGUAUGAACAGCUAAUGAAACAUAAAUGUUAUUUUGCAAGGGAUCUUGGUUUUUUCUAGAGCCCCAUAAAAGAGAUUCCCUAA